GAUCUCUUGUCAGAACGUGUGCCUGGACUGCAAGAAGAGCUUCUGCGAGUCCUGCUCCCACCGCCUGGAGGGGGGCCUGUGCCGCUGCCUCCUCUGCGAGCGCUUCCGGGCCACGGGCCUCCGCCGCGAGGACCUCAUCAAGAUGAAGGUCAAGGACCUGCGGGACUACCUGGACCUGCGGGACGUCUCCACCACCACCUGCCGCGAGAAGGACGAGCUGGUGGGACUCAUCCUCGGCCUGCGGGAGCUCGACCCGGACCCCCGGGGAGACCGGGCCCCUCCUCCGGCGGAGACCCCCUCCCGGGCCCUCCCGGAUGAGUGUUCGCCGACCACCAUGGACCCCCCGGUGCAGAUGGAGCAGCCGGCUCAGGCCAAUGGGCAAGCGCUGCCCAGCCAGGACAUGGCGGACGUCGUCGAGGAGGCAGCGGAGCGGCGGAACGAAGAGGAGACGCAGUCCAUCGACUCGGAGGACAACCUGGUCCCCGGGCGGAGGGCCUCCCUCUCGGACCUGACCAGCCUCGGGGACAUCGAGGGCCUCUCCGUCCGGCAGCUGAAGGAGAUCCUGGCCCGCAACUUCGUCAACUACAAGGGCUGCUGCGAGAAGUGGGAGCUGAUGGAGAGGGUCACCCGCCUCUACAAGGAGAAGGACCUCCAGCACCUCGUUUCCGACAUGGAUGACCCGACGGCCCCGCCGCCCAGCGCCCCCUCGCAGCUCCCGCCGUCCGCGGAGGAGAACCUCUGCAAGAUCUGCAUGGACUCGGCCAUCGACUGCGUCCUCCUGGAGUGCGGCCACAUGGUCACCUGCACCAAGUGCGGGAAGCGCAUGAACGAGUGCCCCAUCUGCCGCCAGUACGUCAUCCGGGCCGUCCACGUCUUCCGGACUUAACGGGGGGGAGGGGGGCCGUCUCGUCGGCCAUCUUGGUCCAGGAAGCGCCCGCGGGGCAAAGGGGCCCCAGAGACUCGGUCGGGGCCGGGUUUCGGGCCCCCGCCUCACUUACCGCAGUGCCUACAGAGCCCAAAAACGCCUCCAUAUUGGAACGGCAGGGACCGAAGGACCCCCUCGGGGGUAUUUCCCCCUUCUCCCCCCCCCCCACCCGAAAUGCCGAGAGAGGCUUGGCGAAUAAAAACAAAAGUGGUCUUAAA